AUGGCGGCAACCAACUUCGACGAAAACCCUGACAGAGCAGAGCAUGAGUACGACCGUGAGAACGAAUUGAAAGCCUUCGACGUGAAAGGCCUGGUCAACUCCGGAGUCUCCAAGCUCCCUCGUAUCUUCAUCGACCGCCAGCCUCGAUCGCCCGACCGUUCCGGUCCCACCGAGACAAGUUUCAGCAUCCUGAUCGUGGACUUGGAAGGAGUGGUGAACCACGGGAUCGGAGAUGGAGUCCUGAGCAGAAUCAUCGAUGGCGUGAAGAGGUUUCAGGAGCAGGAGAGCGAGGUGAAGAAGGAGCUGUACUCUAGAGAUGAGUCGAAGAAGGUGACUUAG